UCGGCAGCACAGUAACAAAUUCUUCAGCAGAGUCAGGCAGAGGUUUUGGUCAGAACGCGAAUGGCUAACUCGGGUCUGCAGAUCCUGGGCUUCGCCCUGGCUUUUUUCGGAUGGAUCGGAAUCAUCACUAGCACCGCUCUACCCCAGUGGAAAACCUCGUCUUACGCGGGCGACAACAUCGUGACGGCGCAGGCCAUCUAUGAGGGGCUCUGGAUGUCCUGUGUGUCCCAGAGUACCGGCCAGGUCCAGUGUAAAGUCUACGAUUCGCUGCUGAAAUUGCACAGUACGAUACAGGCUACUCGCGCACUAAUGAUCAUUGGAAUCCUAUUGGGAACCCUAGGGAUCCUGAUCGCUGCAAUGGGAAUGAAAUGCACUACAUGUUUUGCCGAUGAUAAAAAGAGAAAGGGACAAGUGGCUACUGUUGGGGGAAUCAUGUUCAUUAUCUCAGGUCUUGCAACAUUGGUUGCUACAGCCUGGUAUGGGAACAACAUUACCAGAGAGUUCUACAGCCCCUUAACACCAACCAACAACAGGUUUGAGUUUGGCCAAGCUCUGUUCAUAGGAUGGGCUGCUGCUACCCUUUGUCUACUCGGUGGAGCCUUUCUGUGCUGCUCGUGCUCCAAAGGUACUGGGGGAUCCUACUCAAAGAAUGCCUACCCACGAGCACAAGGUGCUCCUUCUACUGCAAGGAACUACGUGUGAGGCCAGUGGAACUACUGAGAGGAUCCCACUCAAACUAUUCACUUGCUUUGUGACCCUUUAAGUGAGGGAUACAUAGUAUUAAUCUUGAUGACAUUUCCUAAAAGACGAAUAGGAAAUUAAUUAAUUUCUUACAUUUACUUGCUUACAUUUCAAUUUUAGUUCAUCUUAAAUAAACCAAUUGUCAGUUUAUUUGUUUUUGAGUACAGACUAUAGAAUAUCUUGCCUGCACAUAUCAUGUAUCAUAUAUUCAUAUCAUGUAUCAGAUCCUGUAUGGGUAUUUCAGAAUGAGGGAUUGUAAGGGGGCUUCUCAUGCGAUGGGGUUAACCGGGUGUUGUUCCAGGAUACAGUACAGUGACUCGAAUACAGUCAAGCUUUGAAUUGCUGCAUCACAAUAUACAUCAUUCACACACACAAUCCUGUUGGUACAGUUUCUGCUAGAUGAUUGUUCAGCCUUAAUGAUCACUCUUAUGAAAGGAAAGGGGGUGAAAGAGGAAUAGGUGGGGACAUAGAAUAAUUACAGUAACAAAAUCGGCCUCUCUUUGGCAGACUUGAAGUAACAGUGAAAAUGAGGACGUGUGAUGGUGAAUGCUAGAAAUGCCCCUUUGAAACCUCUUGAUUUCUAUUGAGAAGAAAAGACACAUCAAAAAAUCACUUCACUCUACAUGAUUACAAUUCCCCCACAUUAGCAAAAGAAAGACUUUGCUAUUUCUCAAUCUUGUGUAAAUCAUUUUAAGGAGUAGAGCUCAAAUUCAAAUGUAAACAUUAUCUUAAAUACUGAGCUCCAAAACAGUCUCUUUGAAAUCCUCAAACAUAUCUUUCUAACAUCAUUUACAAACCUGCUAAAAACAAUAAGCUGUCUGUAUCAGAGUUGCCAAAUGCACUCAUCUCUGAAGUGCUUGUGGUGACCUGCCUUCAUGUAUGUACAAAGGUGGCUGGUUGAUGUGUUAGGUGUACCAAUGGUCUGGUAUAAUAACUGUGUAUUUCUGUUUUUGUAACUAAUAUCCAGUGUACAUUUGCCGGUUGCAAUUGUUAUACUCUAUUUUAUGCUUUAGCAACAUCAGCAGUAUUCUCGGUAGGAAAGCAUCCCUUUAAUUUUCUGAGCUUCUCACCUUCUCCAAACACGGUGUAAUUGUUAAAUAAUUGAUAUUCAUCAGCAUAUAACAUCAGUGUCUCAAUGAACCCCAACUUGUCUAAACUAAUGUAUAUUUUCACAUCAUGCAUCAACAAGUCCAUUCUUCAUUCAACAACAGCCAUUCCAUUCCAUCAACAGCCUUUCUUUGGUUGCACUUUGUUAAGUAAUUAAUGUUCGUCAGUCUGAGCCCCAUCCUUUGAUACAGAGCAAGACAAGAACUGAUUUUCUUUUGUCUUGAGUGGGCAAGUACAGAGAAUUUGAACCAUCUAUGGUUGAACAUUCGUGAUGAAUAUUUCCAGAAUUGCUGGAAGGUCAUAUUUCACCAACCCUCCCUCCUGAUUCUGGGGUGGAACUGUUGGACUGUCAGCACCUUGAAUUCCAAAAUGGAAUUGAAACUAGGCCUGAUUCUGAGUAAAUCCUGGAGUGUAAGUGAAGCUGUUGCCUUGGCUGCACUUUGUGGGAAACUGGAUGGCCUGGAGUCAGUUUGGUGACCUUUUCAAUGAGAGAUGUCAAUGUGUGGGCUCAUUAAACUUGUCUUUGAUCUGACUGAAAUGGAAUAUAUUCUGGUGGAAGUUCACAAUGAACUGUUUCUUAAUUGUGUGCAAUUAUUUGUUGAAAUUUCCUGCAGUUGAUUUAGCUCGUUUUCCAAAUAGGACUAGCUUGUGUCUGAAAUUUCAACUCAGCAGUGUUUUUAAGUCCUUCCGUUUCAUUUACAAAAUAGAAGCACAAAUAUUUAUUAAACUAUUCUUUUAAGUUUUUUGCUCCUUACUCAGCCUUUGUGUGUUAACUUAAGUGAUACAUUUCCACAAGAGACAAAUUACCCUCAACCAGCAGAGACUAAGUCAAUCUCCUUCAACCUACCAUUUCUAAAAUGCUAAGCAUUUUGUUUCUAAAAAAAAACUGAAAAAAACUACAGAUGCUGGAAAUCGAAAACAAAAACAAAAGUUGUUGGAAAA